AAUAUGACGAUUCUCGGUAUGAGAGCUUUCUUUCUGAUUUGCCUCUUUUCUCUUUUGGGAAUUCAAGCAAGACCUUUGCUAGAGCAUGGUUACACCUCUAUGGUCGAGUCAAAUUACGGAACUCCUGCUCCUAAGAGUGUAGACAAAGUCCUGUUGAGGAUGAUCAUAACUUACGAGCAAGCACCAGGCUUGCAUCUGGUUCAACCGUCCUUGGCAACCAGCUAUGGAAGGACUCUUUCACCUCCUCCUCCACCAAUGCCAGCAUCACCAACUCACUAUCAUGAAGCAAGCCAUGGAGUCGAGCAAACGCCAGGCUUACAUCUGGUUCAACCGUCCUUGGCAACCAGCUAUGGAAGGACUCUUUCACCUCCUCCUCCACCAAUGCCAGCAUCACCAACUCACUAUCAUGAAGCAAGCCAUGGAGUCGAGCAAACGCCAGGCUUACAUCUGGUUCAACCGUCCUUGGCAACCAGCUAUGGAAGGACUCUUUCACCUCCUCCUCCACCAAUGCCAGCAUCACCAACUCACUAUCAUGAAGCAAGCCAUGGAGUCGAGCAAACGCCAGGCUUACAUCUGGUUCAACCGUCCUUGGCAACCAGCUAUGGAAGGACUCCUUCACCUCCUCCUUCACCAAAGCCAGCAUCACCAACUCACUAUCAUGAAGCAAGACAUGGAGUCUAUGAAUCACCUCCAAAUCCCUUCCUAGCCUCAAGCUAAAGCUUGUUCUGACUGAUCAAAGGUGUGGACGGUGAAUAUGCAUGAAGAUCUUCUAGUCUAAGUUCUAGUAUUACUUGUAGUAGCCGCUUGAAGCAAUAAAGUCUUUUCUGCUGCUUGUGCUUUUCCCUUAUAAAUGUAACUUCCACUAUGUAGUUGGCAAAUAUGAAGUUGGUUUCUGUGGCUCUAAGGAUCCAUGCA